UAUUGCUCCUUGCUGGAUAACUUUUAUACAGGUGGAUAUAUUUACAUGGCCUACAAUGUUGAAGUGUUUAUUAAACUUUGGGCAAAUACCAAAAGCUGUUAACUGUAAAGAGCAGCGGGUUUUUGACAGAUAAUGUACACCAGUAUUGUAUGAGAGCUAGUUUGGUUGUCUGGCUGGUAAACCUGUGGAUACAGAUAUUGUUCACUUCAUGGAAAGCACUCUUGGAUAUUACAUCAAGGUUUGAGGGUUAACAUGCAGUUCUCUUCCUUUGCUGUGGAUGUUAAGAGUCAUCUACCUUUCUGCAUUUGGGCUUGUCAGUCCUAGUAACACUUCUGUGCGCUCUUUAUAUUCUGGUUUUUCUUCCAAGAUACAAGCAUAUACUUGAAACUGAAGAGACAGGAGUUAAAUUGCACAUUGGAUAUACUGUAACCAGACACUUGUUGAUCUAUUGUAACAGUAUCUUCUCUUCAUUAAGUUUGCAAUUACCGUUAUCAGUAUAAUCAAUGAUGGGGGAUACCAAUGGAGGCAGUGGUGUGCCCACCAACUAUGUACAGCUGUAUGUGAAGUCUGGUGAGAAUGGGUUGAACUACGGUGCCUGUCCGUUCUGCCAGAUGGUGUACAUGAUACUAGAUCUGAAGGCCCGAGAGGGGGAGCUAACCUAUGACGUGAUCACCAUCAGCAUGUCCCGCCCCCCGGAGGAGUUCAAGAAACUGGCCAAUCGCCUGCCUGUGCUGAAACAUGGCGAUGAGAUCCUGUCAGAUAAUGAUGAGAUUGUCCAAUAUUUGGACAAAAACUUUCCUUACCCUGAUUUGCGUUAUGAUAAUGUUGAGGCCAAUGCUGUAUGUCUGAACUUUUUCUCCAAGUUUUCCUUCUUCAUAAAGCAAGUGAAGAAUAGUCCAGAGAGCUUGUUGAAGGAGCUAGGGUCUCUGGAUGCGUUCUUGGAGAAGGCUGGUAUGCCGUACCUCUGUGGGGAGACCAUCUCCAAUCUGGAUUGCCUAGUCUUGCCUAAACUCCAGCAUAUUCGAGUGGCUUGUAAGGCACUGAAGGAUUUUGAGAUUCCGUCAUCCAUGAAGGCAAUCUGGCGCUACAUGGGGCGAGCCUACACCAGCACAACGUUCAGGAAGACUUGCCCCUCAGACCAGGAAAUAGUCUACCACUGGCGCAUGAAGGCAGAAACACCACACCUUUCCGAAGAGAAAAUGAAAGUUUAUUCUACAGAUACAGAGCCCAGAUUCUCUGUUGAUAUACCAUAAAACUACAGCCUGAUUGUCAUCUAUAUUAUUAUUAUAUAUUGUAUAAUUGGAUAUUUUCUAAAGAUGAUAAUAUAGCUGACCUUGAAGAACAAUUAAGAGAAAUAUGAAUUAAGUGCUUCAAUCUGUGCCUAACCUGUGACUUACAUAUAGAAUAAUAUACCAAAAAUCAAAACUUUUUUCCCAGAAAUGCAACAUCAUUUUAUUUUGUAUGUAAAUUUAACACGAAAUAUGUAAAAUUCUAAGUAGAGCAUUGGAAAAAUACACAUGUUCAGUACUUUGUACGGAGAAAUUCGUAUUCAAAAUGUAUAUUUAAUUAUGAUACUGAAAAAAAUUGUUUAAUAUGAGUGUUUUCUGAACAAAUGGAUUUUAUUUUGCUGAACAAUUAUGUACCUGUAUAUGUACAUAUUUAUUGUUGUUGUUGUUACAUGUCACAAGCAUACAAUGAUAUCACUUAUUAUGCCCCCCUUCGAAGAACAGGGGGUAUAUUGCUUUGCUCAUGUCGGUUGGUCGGUCCGUCCACCAGGUGGUUGUCAGACGAUAACUCAAGAACGCUUGGGCCUAGGAUCAUGAAACUUCAUAGGUACAUUGAUCAUGACUCGCAGAUGACCCCUAUUGAUUUUGAGGUCACUAGGUCAAAGGUCAAGGUCAUGGUGACCCGAAAUAGUAAAAUGGUUUCCGGAUGAUAACUCAAGAACGCUUAGGCCUAGGAUCAUGAAACUUGAUAGGUAGAUUGAUCAUGACUCGUAGAUGACCCCUAUUGAUUUUAGGUCACUAGGUCAAAGGUCAAGGUCACAGUGACCCGAAAUAGUAAAAUGGUUUCCGGAUGAUAACUCAAGAACACUUAGGCCUAGGAUCAUGAAACUUGAUAGGUAGAUUGAUCAGGACUCGCAGAUGACCCCUAUUGAUUUUGAGGUCACUAGGUCAAAGGUCAAGGUCACAGUGACCCGAAAUAGUAAAAUGGUUUCCAGAUGAUAACUCAAGAACGCUUAGGCCUAGGAUCAUGAAACUUUAUAGGUAGAUUGAUCAUGACUCGCAGAUGACCCCUAUUGAUUUUCAGGUCACUAGGUCAAAGGUCAAGGUCACGAUGACCCGAAAUAGUAAAAUGGUUUCAGGAUGAUAACUGAAGAACGCUUAUUCCUAGGAUCAUGAAACUUGAUAGGUAGAAUGAUCAUGACUCGCAGAUGACCCCUAUUGAUUUUCAGGUCACUAGGUCAAACGUCAAGGUCACGGUGACCCGAAAUAGUAAAAUGGUGUCUGGAUGAUAACUCAAGAGUGCUUAUGGCUAGGAUCAUGAAACUUCAUAGGUACAUUGAUCAUGACUGGCAGAUGACCCCUAUUGAUUUUCAGGUCACUAGGUCAAAGGUCAAGGUCACAGUGACAAAAAACAUAUUCACACAAUGGCUCUCACUACCACGGAGAGCCCAUAUGGGGGGCAUGCAUGUUUUACAAACAGCCCUUGUUGAUAUAGAAUCUUGUCAAUUUCAUGUUAAGUGUUAUGUAAAUUUCAAAUUUACCUGUAGGAUUUUGAUAAUGAAAUAUUUCCUUUAAAUUUAGACAUAUGUUUUGUUAGAGUUAGUGUUUAUCAUAUUAGUUGAAUAUGCUUAUGAGCUGUGCAUCAUGUACCCUGGUAUUUAUUUUCAAGCACAAUAUCAUCUGGGUUUGAGUUUGGUCUGGUUCUGCUAUGGCUGGAUUUGCUGGAUAGUUGGACAUGCUAUUUUAUUGCUGUUAAAACUUACAUGAACAUUUAUACAGCUUAUUUCUUUGUUUUAGUCACAGUAGAUAUUUUUGUCUUCCAUAAGUGCCAUCUUUUGUCCUACAUGCAAAUGUUGCUUAUCCAUCUAAUGAUGCAGAAAAUUAGCUAUCAAAUAUAAGGUAGCCAGUGAAUAAAUUGACCUUAACUUGUUUUGGUAAUGGAAUUAUUCAAUAAGCUGUCUUAAGGCUAUUGAUUAUCUGUGUUUGUAAGAGACUGUGCAAAUAUCAAGAUCUAUUAACAAGUCUGCUGAUGUUCUUUUAAAAAAAUGUGAUAAUGUGAUAACAACACUGUUGACGUGUUGUUGAAAAGCUGAUUAAGUACAUUAAAGGGACUGUCAACCACGAUUGACGAAAAAAGAAAAGUGUUAAAAUACCGUAUUUUUUACAAUUAAUAGUUUAUAUUGAUUAAAAUAUCACUACUGAAAAUAUGAAAACUUAACAACUUUUUUCAAGUAAUGCAAUAUACCAGUCACGAUGUUUUAAUCAAUUUUAAUAAUUGUAAAAAAAAUACGGUAUUUUUUAACUUUUCUUUUUUCGUCAAUCGCGGUUGACAGUACCUUUAAAGCUGUCAGUAUCAUUAUGCAUCCAUAAAUCUGUAACAAUUGAAAUAUUCUAACAUUGCAAUCAGUAACAGUUCACCACAAACUGUAUUACUAUGAAUUAAUUUUGUGUUUACAUAAUCCUUUUUUAAAAUGAUUGUUAUGUCUUUGCCUGCAUUGUUAUUGUAUAUUGUAAUGUAGCAAAAAUGUAUAUUGUAUUUUUUUUAAUUAACUUGAAGUUUGUGUCCUUAUGUAUUAUUGUAUAAUGGAUACAAACUUUUCUAUAACUCUAACCUAAAUUGUUUUAAUUAUUUGACCUGUACUAAGUAUUGAAUUAUUGUACUUAAAAAUGAAAUCCUGUAUGUUUUUAUUUGUUUGUAUACAGUAUACAGAUGUUUUAACUAAGGAAAGUGUGUUUUAAUUUUCUUGCCAAAACCUUGUUUUAUCCAGAAUGUUCAUUUUUGUAGUUUUGUAAACAAUGUUUAAUUUGUUAAUUGAUUUAAGAUAUAUUUUUAACGGGCUGACUCAGCCUUAGAGAGUGAAGCUAAAAUCCAAGUAGAAAAUGUCUACAUUAGACGGUGAAAGUUGUUUAUUUUAGUGCUUUUUAGUGCUAAACCAUAUUAAAUUGAAGGAUAUAUUUAAAUGUUUAUUACAUAGCCUAGUCAAUAUACAUAUUAUAUUUUAACUUACUUUUAUAUUUUAAUUAUUUAAAUGUUUACAUUGUGAAUGUUUUUUCAAAGAACUGUCUGUGGCAAAAACAUGUAGUCCGAGCCCAAGGCUAUCAAAAUACUGUUACUUUGUGCCCUGGUCAUAGUCUGAUGUGGUUAUACAGUUUUCCAAUCCUUUUCACCGCAAGGCUCUCGACCUUGUAUCAGUCUUCUGCAGCAAGGCUCUCAACCUUGUAUCAGUCUACUGCAGCAAGGCUCUCAACCUUGUAUCAGUCUACUGCAG